GCCCCGGAAGCCACAAAGGGACAGAUGCGAGGCCACCAGACAGGCACAGAUACCAUCUCCCUUACCCCACCAGCUGCCCCGACCCCUCCCCCGCCCUGCAAGGGGCCCCCUGGGGAGGGAGGGAGACCAGCCCUCUGGGGGGGGGGGAGCCCAGGUCCUCCCGCUCUUACCCCAGCUUUCCCGCGGCUGCACCAGCAUCAGUCUUAGCCAGUGACCUCUCCGACGGUUCCACCCCCUCCAUUUCCUGGUCAUCGGUUCAAUUUCGACCCUCAAUAGUGGUCACUCUCAUCCCCUCUCCUGGUCAAUCUCGCCCCUUCUGGUGGUCAAGUCCAGCCCCUCUUCCCGGUCAGUCCCCCGGCUCUGCCCUCCCCGGCAGCGUCGCGCUGGCGAGCUGGGGGCCGUGCUCACCUCCCGCGCUCCUCUCUCGCCUCGGGCCCAUCUUGGGCCUCCGGGUCAGUGUCCAGCUGCUGCGGCCGCGGCCCCAACGACUCCCGCGUCCCCGGCCCCGCUUCCCUCGGCGAGCCGCGGCUCCCCUCCCUCCCGGAACAGCUGAAGGUCUCCGUCACCUCCGAGGGGAGCGCAGGGGAGGGGAAGAGCGGGGGAAGCCUUGGCGCGGCUGCCCAGGACGCGGCCCCGCGCGGGUAGGGACCAGUGCGACCGCCGGCGCGCCCCCUCCCCAAAGUCCCACCUCGCGGCGGCGCGCCGCCGGCGGCGCGUAAAGUCCCCGAAAGCUUGAACGCGGAUUGCAGGAGGUUUUAUUUCCCUUUGUGCGGGUGACUGGGACCGGAUCGAGGCUGCCGGCCGGGGGCCGGGGAUUAGGGCUCCCCCCAGCGCGGAGAGGAGCGCAACAAAGGAUGCACCUUGCCAGGGUCACCGUCUCCACCACGCAACUUCGCGCGCGGCGCCCGCGCCCUGGGGGAGCCGGCCAGCUGCGCUGAGAACCCAGGUGUCCCGGCUGAGCAGGGCUGGGGGCGUCCGCGAGCGGCGCUUAGCCGGACCUCGGAGCCCAAGCGGGGAUCCCGGGAAUCCCGGGGAUCCCGGAGCGUCCCGGAGGCGGCGCCGCACACCCGGACCGCGCUGCCCGCGCAAAGCCUGUUCUUUUCCGCUGAUGCCCCUCGCCCUGGCCCGACGACCCGGCGCGCGGCGUUCAGGGACUUGCGGGGCGCCCCUUACCCUGUGGUCCUUCGAGAGCCCGGCUAAGCAGCCAGGUUUGGGGUGACACGCGCCCAAAUGGCCAAGUGGCUUCGGGACUACCUGAGCUUUGGUAGCCGGAGACCGCCUCCGCAGCCGCCCACCCCGGACUACACAGAGAGCGAUAUCCUGAGGGCCUACAGGGUGCAGAAGAAUCUGGACUUCGAAGACCCCUAUGAGGACUCGGACAGCCGCCCAGAGCCGGACCCUGUGAGCCCAGGAGACUCCAAGUUCCACUCUCCCAAGCACCGGCUCAUCAAGGUGGAGGCCGCAGACAUGGCCAGAGCCAAAGCCUUGCUGGACAACCCGGGAGAGGAGCCGGACGUCGACACUGAGUAUUCAGAUCCCUUUGAUGCCCAGCCCCACCCGCCGCCCCCAGAUGAUGGCUACAUGGAGCCCUUUGACGCCCAGCGGGUUGUCAGUGAACUGCCCUGUAGGGCUGUACAGCUGUAUGAUACCCCCUAUGAAGAGCAGGACCAAGAGCCAGGGGACGGGCCGCCUUUUGGUCAGAGGCCUCGGCAGAGUCGCCUGCCCCAGGAGGAUGAACGUCCAGCAGAUGAGUAUGACCAGCCUUGGGAGUGGAAGAAAGACCACAUCUCCAGAGCAUUUGCAGUACAGUUUGACGGUUCAGAGUGGGAAAGGACCCCAGGCUCGGCCAAGGAGCUCCGAAGACCCCCACCCAGAAGCCCCCAGCCCGCAGAGCGUGUGGAUCCCGCUCUGCCCCUGGAGAAACAGCCGUGGUUUCACGGACCGCUGAGCCGGGUGGAUGCUGAGAACCUCCUGUCGCUCUGCAAGGAAGGCAGUUACCUCGUUCGGCUCAGUGAGACCAGCCCCCAGGACUGCUCCCUGUCCCUCAGGAAAUUGGGUUCCAUGACAACGUGGUCACUUGUGGGGAAUACUCUACAGUCAAGAAAAUGGAGCCACUCCUCUGUGUAUCACUACAGCUGAAUGCCUCAGAGGUCCCGUUGAGUGAAAAAAGCUAGACACAAGAGGACACACUCCACGGAUGCGUUUAAGUGAAAUACACCCCAGCAGAAGAGGUCUGCGCUGUGAGCAGUCAGGACAGUGCCGGGACUGGGGUGGCAGGUCUCAGGGCCCAUGGGGGCCCGUGAGGGUCCAGAGUUUGUGAUUUCCAGCUGGGUGGCUACAUACCCUGGACACGCUCAUUUCUCCGUAGGUGGAAUAUAUUUUAACAACACUUUUUAAAAGGAUUCUAGAAUUAUUUGAUCAAAACUCCAGAAUUGUAUGUUUUCAAGUGUUUACAAUCGUGAUGUUCUGAACGGGAAUCAGAAACUCCAAGCUGUGGGCCA